AUGAAGUCCACACAUCUCACAGCGGCCUCGCUGCUCAUCUCUUUCUGUCAAAGCUCACCACUCCUCCAAACGAGCGCUUUCCUAGACAUCGAAACCCGCCAGUCCCCAGGCUCAUACUUUGCCAUUACAGGGGCUACAGGAGGCGUUUUUCCGCGCAUGGAGAUUCGCGAUCUCGAGAAGGCGGGGGAGAUGUGGAAUUUGUAUCUUCUAGCUAUGGCGAGCUUUCAGGCUAUGGAUCAGAAAAAUAUUGCCUCUUGGUAUCAGAUUGCAGGGAUUCAUGGGAUGCCUUGGAUACCGUGGGAUGGUGUAAAAGGAAUCAUCACUGACGAAAAAUCGACUUCCCAAAGAGGUUAUUGUCCACACAACCAGCUUCUUUUCGCCACUUGGCACCGUCCAUAUCUCGCUCUCUUUGAGAAGCAACAACUCCAAAAACUAGCCAAAAACAUCGCAGAUCAGUUCCCCACUCCUACCAGAAAAGUCUAUCAAACCGCCGCGUCGCAACUCCGAAUCCCAUUCUGGGACUGGGCGAAAGCCCUCCCAACAUCCCAACCCGUACUUCCUACUGCCGUCACUGUAGAGAAAGUCAGCGUGACGUUUCCAAAUGGCACGAAGGCGAAUAUCGACAACCCUCUUUACGACUACAACUUUCACCCCCUCGACCAUUCCCAAAUAAACGGCACAGGCUGCCCCACAAUUGGCACUCCUGGAGGCGCCGUCGGCGGCCUCCCCUCCGUCUGCGACAACUCACUCAUGACGGUUCGCAAUGGUGAAACGGUCUCAGACCAUGUUGGCCUGAACCAAAAACUACGGAAUAUCCUCCCCUCCCAGAGAACCAAAGUCUAUGCAAUCCUCUCGCAAUGGCAGUCAUUUAACACGUUUAGUAAUGAUGGGGGUUGUGGGGUUGGAGGCCCUGGAACCCUCGAAACGGUACACAAUCCGAUUCAUACGAAUAUGUGGCCGGGGCAUAUGAGUCCAGCGAGUGUGAGCGCGUUUGAUCCGAUUUUUUGGCUGCAUCAUGCGAAUGUUGAUCGCCAAAUGGCACUAUAUCAGGCGGUCUUCCCGCAGACAUAUGUUGAGCAAUGUAUUGCAGAUACGCCAACAUAUACGAUUGAAAAGGGGGAUGUUCUUGAUGCGAAUUCACCACUCACACCUUUCCACAAAAACGCCGCUGGGGAUUGGUGGACUUCAGCCAACUCUCGAAACACUCGGGACAUGGGGUACACAUAUCCAGAACUUACAUCGAACCCAAGUAACUCAACACUCGUGGCGCAGAUCAAAUCGCUGUAUUCAGGACCAGCUACUGGGAGCAGCUCACAGCCUAGGGCUAAACGCCAGGAACCUGGACCUGGACCAGAGAAAGGGUUGGUCUACUUGGUGGAAGUCAAAUUGCCCUUAUACGGCCUUGACGCAGGCGCGCCUUACAACCUGCUUGUAUUUCUUGGUAACGUGGCGAGUGAUUCAAAGGAGUGGUUGGGCUCGGAUUCCUUCGUAGGCAUGGCGUCCACAUUGGGUGGGAAUAAUAUGAAGAGCGAGCAAUUUACUCUCACGACAGUGGACCUGAGUGAAGCGCUGGAGAAGCGUAUUGCGGCGGGUGAUACGACAGCAGAACAAGCGGAAGAAUAUUUAAAGAAGAAUUUGCAUUAUCGGUUGGAGCUUGGCGAGAUUGAAAUUCCUAGAGCAGAAGUGCCGGGGAUAAAGGUGUCAUUAGUCACCACGGAAGUUGAGCUUGCGGCUUCGAAUGAUGUUUUCGACCGCUGGGUUGGCGGGUUUGUGGAUCAUGGGGAGGUUGAUAGCUGA